CCUCUUCGCUCCCUCCGUCCUUUCCGCUCUCCUCCCGCAGCUCAGGAAGCCGAGCGCUCGUUAUCAUGGCCACUGCUGGGGAUACGAGGGGGGAACUGCAGAAGGAGCUGGUUUGUGCCAUUUGCCUUGAUUACUUCGACGACCCUGUGAUCUUAAAAUGCGGCCACAAUUUCUGCCGCAUGUGCAUUUUAAUGCACUGGGAGGAAAACGGCGGAGACGACAUCGGCUACCAGUGCCCGGAGUGCCGGAUGGUGUUUGGCAAAAUGAGCUUCACGAAGAACUACCUGGUGAAGAACCUGGUGGAUAAACUGAGUGAGUUUGACUGUCUGAAGACGUGUAGGCCACCGGCGCCACCAAAGCCACUCCGAAUGGAUGGGAAAUGCGAACGACACCACGAGGAGCUGAAGCUGUACUGCCACACAGACAGGAAACCCAUUUGCGUUGUUUGCAGAGAAUCCAGGGCUCACAGGCACCAUGACGUCGCCCCUGUGCCAGAGGUUGUUGAGGACAUGAAGGGCGAGCUGAAGCUGAGGCUUAUCAAACUAAACUGGCAGAAGUCUAUGUGUGCCAGAGUCAAGGCCAUAGAUGAGCAAGCCAAAGCUGAUGUCAAACUGAAGAAGCAGGCUUUGAAAGAGAGGAUCGAAGAUGACGUCGGAGCUCUGGUCCAGUUCUUGCUGGACGAGAAAGAUGGGCUCUUGGAGAGACUGGAAGACGAGGAGGCCUCCACGAUAGCGUUAAUAGACGAGAACCUUAAGCUGGUGGAAAGUGAGGCAGCUAAGGUGGACAAGGCCAUUGCGGACAUUCAGAAUCAGCUCAGUGAAGCUGCCAAUUUUGAGAGUAUCACCAAAGCAUACACAAGCCCGAGCCACGUGAGCCUUACUGUGCAGGCAGUGAACUGUCCCCCUGAUUUCACCGAGUUCACUGGCCCCUUUCAGCUUAUACUGUGGAAGAAGAUGAUGCAUGUGCUGCAUACAAUGCCCCAGAACCUGACGCUCGACCUGGACACGGCCCACCCCUCCCUGGCCAUCAGUGACUUUGACACCAAGGUAGAAGAGGGCCGGGUACGCUCACAGGAGCCUGAUCUGCCCCAGCGCUUUACACGCUUCUUCGGUGUCUUGGCCACUGCCCGCUACUCGAGUGGACAGCACUACUGGGAGGUGGACGUGCGGGACAAGGGCGUGUGGUACCUGGGUGUCACCACUGAGUGCAGCAACCGCAAGGGCUUUGUCAACCUGUCUCCUUCAGCUGGCUAUUGGAGCCUCUGUCUUCAGGACCGACUGUACGCCAACGAGGAGGACUCCCGCGUGCCUGUGGCCGACUACUGGAACUCGCCACGCGUCGGCGUUUUCCUGGACUACGACAGGGGCCACGUCACAUUCUUCGACGCAGUCACCAUGAAGCGCAUCUAUAACUUUAUCGCGUACUUCGACGAGCCCGUGUCGCCCUUCUUUAGCCCGGGCAAGAACGACCCGGGCAGCCGGCUGCAGAUCUGCCACUUUUACUGAUAGGCCCGUCGUUUAGCAGCCAGCCUGUGAAAAACGUUAUAUUUCUAUAAUCAGAAGUUUCCAUGCCUGGGCGUUCUCUUGUCGGGAGACAUGGUGAGAUUCAGACUGUGAGGUUCUUCAGCUCCCGUUCGUUCGAUUUAGGAGAGCACAGUGCUCCGCUUCACCCAAAUCCGAAAGAAUCCGAGGCGGCUCUGCUCGUUACUGUUGGAUUUACGAUGUAGCCCUACUGAAGUUCAGGUAGAGAUACCUUGCAGGUUUUAAGCAAAUAGCAACUCGAAGCUGCUCAUGACGUCUCCUUUCACCUCAGUGUUGUCUUGCGUCUUUGACUUUUCAGGUAAAAGUAACUAAAGGCUUCACUUUAAAACGAGUUUCUAAGUCACGGUGGAAUUUAGGUCACUCUUUUAACGGUAGUAAUCUUUCAGUAUUUUUUUGCAAAUAGCUUUAGAGGUGAAACUUCUCACUAUUAUGUGCUCCAACAUACUGUGAGUUUUAUUAUUAUUAUUAUUAUUAUUAUUAUUAUUAUUAUUAUUAUGAUUAUUAUCAUCAUGUCAAACACAUUGGAUGCUUUUUCACCUCUUUGAUAUUUCACAUUUGGACCCUCCUUUAAGUUGUGUGAAAUAUAUUUGUACUUUGAUAUAACUGAGUAAUUAGUAUGUAACACAUCAUAGGCAAGUAGUACACUUGGCUGAACUCAACGUUUUUGCACAGGUUGCAAACAAGUGAUGUUUGGCCAGUUCCUAGACCAGAACAAUAAUAUAAGCUAAAUAGAGUUACGUUGUACUGCCUUUCUACCUUUCUUGAAGGCUGGAAUUGCUAAAACGCACCCCUAAGCCCUGAAGACUGGCUCCGAGUGCACAUCGCACAUUUCUUUGGUAUAUUAAUCAUGGACUAUGAAUUCUUAAUAUUCAUUUGGUUGUUCAUCUCAAGCUAAAAGCCUUUUGACUGAAGAUUGUGUGCCAUUUUUUUGGUCUGCUUUCGUUCGUUUUACAUUGUUUAUACUUUACGGUUUUAAUUUAGCCGUUUCGGCUUUUUUUUUUACGUAUCCUGUAUUUCAGGCAAAGCAGUCGACGAAACUGAAAUGAGAAGACUGUUGGUCUCAUCAGUUGCAGCGAACGAACGCGUUUGUGCGUCGGGCCCAUCGAUUGUAACUCACUUCUGUUCCAUGUCGUAUGUAAUAAGAAAUGUAGUUUAUUAGUGUUUCUAUUAAUACCUGUUCUGUUCUGCCGAGCUCUGAGCUGGACUGUGGUUUUGACUUUGCUGUGUAAGAUCAGAAUCAUGUCUGGAUCUCCAAGCGGAGACGGGUGUGUUCUCGUAAUAGUUUUUAUGCCCUGUGACUGGUGAUGUAAGAGGGUUGAUGGCGUUGAGAGAUCAUGUGAACAGAUUAACAUUUGUGUGAUUUGUUACUGUAAUAAACUACUGCAGUAUGUUUUUAUUUUCCACAGUUAUACAUUUGGAAAAUAAACUUUGAUGAUGAUUA